UCCCCAGUGUCCCUUUUAAUCUUUCAUGACAUUUGUUCAGAGAGCUCUAGCUGCUAUCCUGAGCUCUCUCUCUCUCUCUCUCUCUCUCUCUCUCUCCCCGAGAGCUUCGGGGACUGGGGCUUCUGGAAGGCUUAAAAGCGACCACACCACAGGGAGAGUGAAGUGAGCUGCUCCUGCAUACAAGACGGCAGUAGCGACAGUACAGCUGCUCAGCUCUUCGCUAUGGCAGCGUUCUCCCUGCGCUCGUUUGCUCCCAUGUUGAUACGCUCUGUGCUCUUCGUCUCUCUCCUUUGUGCUUCGUUCUUCUUCGACUCCGGCGAGGCUGGGGCGGCGCACAGGGUGGUCGACCCGGAGUGGCACCCGGCCACGGCCACCUGGUACGGAAGCGCGGAUGGCGACGGCAGCGAUGGCGGCGCGUGCGGGUACGGGACGCUGGUGGACGUGGUGCCGAUGAAGGCGCGGGUGGGCGCGGUGAGCCCGGUGCUGUUCAAGGGCGGGGAGGGGUGCGGCGCCUGCUACAAGGUGCGGUGCCUCGACGCCGGCAUCUGCUCCCGCCGCGCCGUGACAGUCAUCGUCACCGACGAGUGCCCCGGCGGCGUCUGCGCGUUCGGCCGCACGCACUUCGACCUCAGCGGCGCCGCCUUCGCCAGGCUGGCGGUGGCCGGCCACGGCGGGCAGCUGCAGAACCGAGGCGAGAUCUCGGUGGUGUACCGCAGGACGGCGUGCAAGUACGGGGGGAAGAACAUUGCCUUCCACGUGAACGAGGGCUCGACGAGCUUCUGGCUCUCGCUUCUCGUGGAGUUCGAGGACGGCGACGGCGACAUUGGAUCCAUGCAGCUAAAACAGGCAAACUCGGCACAGUGGCAGGACAUGAAGCACAUCUGGGGGGCCACCUGGAGCCUUACGCCGGGCCCACUGGUGGGGCCCUUCUCCGUGAGGCUGACAACCCUGACCACCAAGCAGACCCUCUCGGCCCAGGACGUCAUCCCCAGGAACUGGACCCCCAAGGCCACCUACACCUCUCGCCUCAACUUCGCCUAGAUGGAAGCCUUCCGGCCCACGUCUCGUUGGCUGGGCUCCCAAAGGAGGCCCGGCCCAUACGGCGUACGGCGUAGGAUUUAUUUUUCGGAUGAAUUUGUGUUGUGAUUUAUUUCUUCGUCGCAGAAAUUGGAGUACUCCAGCUUUGUUUGUGUAGCUGUAUUGAUGUAUGUGUGAGAGUGAGGUGACAGUGCGUGGGACUGGCAUGUGGGCCCAUGUAGCCCUCUCCGAAAGCGGAGAGAGAGCGUGACUGGUCGGUGUUUUGCUUGCCUUCCUGGAAGGUUGGGAUCCCAUCAACCCAUGUGGUUAUUACUGUGAAAAAGGAGACCCCGGUGAAGAUCGGUUGCAAGGACAAGGAUUGUGCUGAUCCUCAGGGACUAUAGUUAAGUGCAUAUAUACUUGCAUAGUUGCAUGUGUGUGUUGUAUGUUGUAUGGUUAAAUGUUGUGCCAACGGUAGAUGAACUUUGUGUCGUGUUCCCUACUUCUUCCCUGUGCACCCUGAAAUCUGAUCUUGUGCAUGAUUAUUGAUUUGUUGCCAAUUAAUGUAUUAAAUGUGAUCCUAAACAGAUG